UCCAAUCUUACAUCACACGUGAUCCUCUAUUCAACAUGGCGGACGGAGAAAGAAAUCGGUUGGUCGCUGAAUUUACCGGAGUAACUGAUGUUGACGCAGAACGCGCUCAGUUUUAUCUUGAAUCCUCCGGCUGGGAUCUUCAUGUUGCUCUCAGUAGUUUUUAUGACACAAUGGGAGAUGAUGAUGGCAUAGAGGCAGCACCUGAAGAAGUCUUGGAGAUGCCGCAGCCAAGUACCAGAUCAAAGCACACUCCCACAGGGAGAAACAUCAGUUCCCUGUCAAGUGUGCGGGCAAUAGAAAAUGCUGACAGUAAUGACGAAGAAGGACAAGCGUUUUAUGCCGGAGGCUCAGACACAAGUGGACAGCAAAUUCUUGGUCCACCAAGAAAGAAACAAACAUCAGGUGAUAUUACCCAGGGCAUAUUUGAUGAUGCAAAGAGGACCCCGUCUGACAAUGGUCGGUUCCAUUUUUUUUUUUUUUUUUUUUUUUUUGCAGGGUAUCGUCUAGGAGACACAGAAGGGGAAAGUUCACAGCCCCUUCCUGAAACGCUAUCAUCCAGGGCUGAUGCACCACAGCAACCUACAGAGGUCGCCUUAAAGUUCUGGUCUAAUGGAUUUUCAGUGGAUAAUGGACCUCUGAGGUCGUUUGAUGAUCCAGCCAACAAGCAGUUUUUGGAUUCUGUCAGACGAGGCGAAAUUCCACAAGAGUUAUUAAGAUUGUCCCGAAAAGGAGAAGUGCACGUGAAUAUGGAAGAUCACAGGCAUGAAGAAUACAUCCCUCCCCCCAAACCUAAACUCCAAGCAUUCUCAGGAGCGGGACACAAAUUAGGAAGCCCUACUCCUGACGUGCAGUUCAGUCAUUCAACUGAACAACAAGCUUCCCAGUCCUCCACCAGUACUCCACAACCAAUGGCGACAAGUCUACUGGACCAAUCACAGCCGGUUACCAGUAUACAGAUUAGAUUGGCUGAUGGAACACGUAUGGUCUCAAAAUUCAAUCACUCACAUACAGUUGGAGAUAUUCGUCGGUUUAUCUGUGCAUCAAGGCCACAAAUGGCAACGCAGAAUUUUGUUCUCAUGACGACGUUUCCUAACAAAGAGCUAUCGGAUGAAACAGAGAAACUCUCUGACGCGAAUCUCUUAAAUGCUGUCAUUGUCCAGAGGUUCAAGUAAGUGAAGACCGGAACCUUACAGUCGGUGGACGGGGAAGUCUGGUAAAAUGAAUCAAAAACGAAACAUACUUGUGACAGGAAAAAUGACACGUGACUGUAAAUUUGAUUGCGGUCUUAUCAGAUGAGAAGUGGAAUCGAAACCAAAGUCUGCUGUUGAUGAGGUUCACAAUUUCGUUGACUUUUUAGUUCCGUUCCUAUCGUUUACUGCAACAAAUAGAUUAAUCUUUGUUCAGAAGUGCUCCUUCAAUGAAUGGAAAUUGUGUCCUCUGGAAUAAAAUUUUCGUCAAAGACUG